AUGGCGGGAGCAGCUACUGGCGAUCAUGGCGCUAGCCAAUUACUUCAAGACCUGAACAAGAGAGAACGAAAGCGGCAGCAGAAUCGUACCGCGCAGCGCACGUACAGACGCAACCAAAAACACCGAAUUCAGGCUCUUGAGGCAGCCGUUGCACAGUCUGUCGAGGGGCUGACGCCCCCACGAGAGGCCAUGCUUCUGGACGACAUACUCCACGAGCAGGAGCCCACAGCCGCUCCCGGCGAUAACCAAAUCUGGGCCAUCGACCCUGUCCUGACGGACAGCUCGCCCCCGCUAUUAGCGGACAUGGCCCGCACAGCGCUUCACCGCGCGGUGUGCAGUGGCAACGAGUCAAUGGUUCGCCUUCUGUUGGAGCGAGGGGCGGACGUUGCGAAGCAGGACGGCAACGGGAGCACCGCCCUUCAUCUUGCAGCUGAGAGCGGAAGCGGAGAACUUUUGCAGCUCUUGCUUGAGAAGUCCGCCGACCCCAAUGCUACGGACUACCUAGGCCGUACCGCCCUAUUCGCCGCGGUUUUGGGAGAGAACGAGACGACGACCGAGCUGCUUUUAAAGUCACUAACAAUUGACGUGAAUGCGAAGGACUCGAUGGGCAACGUUGCGCUUCAUAUGGCUGUCGAAUGCGGGUCUGAGCCCCUGGCUCUUCUUCUGCUUGCACACGGUGCCGACAUCAAUGCUUAA